AUGAGUAUUGAGGUUGAGAGAGUUGUUUUGGGAAAUGCUCCCGGAAAUGCCAAGUACAUUAGUCCAUCAAUUCAAAAGCAACUUCUAAAUAUUCUUGGUAAUAAAGUGAGGAACAAGAUACGUGAAGAAGUUGGAGAUUCCAAAUAUUGUAUUCUUGUUGAUGAAGCAGUAGAUAUAUCUAGUAAGGAACAAAUGGCCAUUAUUUUGAGGUUUGUUGAUUGUCAAGAUGAGAUUUCUAAAGUACUUACUAUGUACAAUCUUCAAGUGAGAAAUAUGCGUGGUCAAGGAUAUGAUGGUGCUAGCAAUAUGAGAGCUAAAAGGGUGCCGGAGAUUUGGCAAUUUUUUUCAACUUUAAGUUUAAUUGUGAAUUUUGUUGAUUCUUCUGCUAAGCGUCAUUCUGCAUUAAAAGCUGUGAGAGAGGAAGAAAUUGCAGAUUUGGUAGCUUGUGGCCAACUUCAAACAGGAGAAGCUGUGGCUGUUCUUAAAGCUAUGAGGUCUUUUGAUUUUGUGUUCUGCUUGCUUCUAAUGCACAAAUUGAUGAAAAUUACUGAAGUUCUUUGUCAGACAUUGCAACGAAAAUCUCUUGACUUCGUACAUGUUAUGAAGUUUGUUGGACGUACAAAAUCAUUUCUUCAAGAGAUGAGAGAAGAAGGCUGGGAUGACUUGGUAAGAAAUGUUGAAACUUUUUGUGAAAAACAUGAUAUUGAUAUGCAUGAUAUGAAUGCUCGUUAUAAGGAUGGUACAGAUCGUCGUUGCCAACAAAGAGAUUUCAUUACAGUUGAGCAUCAUUACCAUAUAGAUGUCUUCAAUGCUUUAGUUGAUUUUCAGUUGAGUGAGUUGAAUAGAAGAUUCUUAGACCAAACAUCUGAACUUCUUAUACUUAGUUCAACCUUGGAUCCUCGUGAUAACUUCAGUAAUUUUAAAACUGAAGGUGCAUGCAAUCUUGCAAAGAAGUAUUAUCCUGAAGAUUUUGUUGAUAGUGAAAUGUUUGCUCUAGAAUUAGAGUGUGCAUAUUAUGAGAAGGAUAUGCGUAGUGAUCCAAAGUUCCAGAAUUUGGAAUCCAUUUCUGAUUUGUGCAGAAUAUUGAUUUGUCUAGUUUUGACUAUUCCUGUUUCUACGGCGACCACUGAAAGGGCAUUUUCAGCUAUGAACAUCAUUAAGAAUAAACUUAGAAACAAGAUGGAGGAUGAGUUUCUUGGUGAUUGUAUGGUCCUUCACAUUGAGAAGGAAUAUGCUGAAUCUAUUGACAAUGAAUCGGUGAUCAAAGAGUUUGAAGCUUGUGGAACUCGUACAGUUAGAUUUAGUUAG